AUGUCCCCGUUCUUGGACAGCAUCGCCACCAUCGUCGGCGUCUUCCAGCAGCACGCCCGGGGCCACGGGGACGGCUCCGGGCUCAGCCGCGGGAGGAUGAGGGAGCUGAUCCAGAGGGAAUUCGCGGAUUCCCUCGUGAAGCCACACGACCCUCAGACCAUCGAGAAGAUCCUGCAGUUCCUGGAGUGGGAUGGGGACGGGGACAUCGACUUUAACGAGUUCCUCCUCCUGGUGUUCCGGGUGGCCAAGUGCUGCUUCUGGUUCCAGCCCAGGGCCCCCUUCCUGGUGCAGAGGACGAAGCUCCCGAGCGGCGGAAAAUCCCUCCGGGAGCCGGAAUUCAGGAGCAGAGGGAGCCGCCGGCAGCUCCAGGAGGAGGAAGAGGAGGAGGAAGAUCGCCAAAGCCGGGAGAGGAACCGUGAGGUGGAGCUGCAGCGAGACCUCAGGCUCGGGGAGGUGGAAAUCUCGGAGGGAAGGAGGAGGGAGCAGCAGGAAGGUGGCGGGGAGGACGCGGAAGCGAGCGGGGAGCCGGGAAGGAGGAUCCGGGAGAGGUUCCAGGAGGAAGAACCAGCGGACGUGAGGACGGGCAGGCAACGCCGAGAAACCCAACCGCGGGCGGAGCGGUGGAGCCGCCCGGAGCCGGGGCGCGGUGAACGGAGCCAGAGGCCACGAGGAGCAGAUGGAGGAGGUGACAAUCGGCCACGGGAACCAGAAUUGCUGCGGGAAGAGAGGAGCCGCCACCGCCGGCGAGAGCAGGAACAAAGAGAGACGGGAGGGAGAAGAUGCCGGGUGGCUGAGCAGGAAUGCCCGGAGUCCAGGAGGCCACACCAGACGUUCCUGGAGGAACCGUUAGAGAUGGAGCUCGGGGAACGUGGGAGAGCAGAGCCAGGGGAAGGCGGAUACAGGCGGAGAGAAGAGCGGGAACGGGAGCUGGAAAGGGCAGGAAGGGAAAGGGAGAUCCGGGAGGAGCAGGAGAGGGGAGAAAGAGAUGAUCCCAGAAGAAAAGGGAGAAGGAGAGAGAGGAGAGAGGAUCAGGAACGGGAUCUGGAGAUCUCAGAGCGCCGCACUCGGGACAGGGAGGAACGAGAGGCUGUGAUCGACCUGAGAGAGCCACGGGAGAGACGAGAGCGGGAAAUUCGUGAGGCUGAAGAAGAUGGGAGGAGAGAACGAGGAAUUUAUGAAAGGAGAAGAGAAACCUCAGUGGCAGAAGCUGAAGCUGAAGUCAAAGUGCGCCGUGACACCCGAGAGCGAGGGGAGGAGCUGAGAAGAAGAGAACGACCCUGUGAUGUCUCCUGUGAGGAGGAGGAAGACAGAAGGAUUUGUCCCAGAAGGGAGAGGGAAGAGAUCGUGAGGGAGAGGAGAGAGGAUCAGGAACGGGAUCUGGAGAUCUCUGAGCGCCGCACUCGGGACAGGGAGGAACGAGAGGCUGUGAUCGACCUGAGAGAGCCACGGGAGAGACGAGAGCGGGAAAUUCGUGAGGCUGAAGAAGAUGCAAGAAGAGAACAAAGAGGAACUCUGAGGUACGAGAGGGACAGAGAAACCUCAGUGGCUGAAGCCGAAGUCAAAGUGCGCCGUGACACCCGAGAGCGAGGGGAGGAGCGGAGAAGAAGGGAACGUCCCUGUGAGGAGGAGGAAGAAGCAGGAGAAGCAGCAGAGAGAAUUUCCCGGGUGAGAGAGAGGGAAGGAGCCCUGAGGGAGAGGAGAAUCCAUCGGGAACGGGAUCUGGAGGUCUCUGAGCGCCGCACUCGGGACAGGGAGGAACGAGAGGCUGUGAUCGACCUGAGAGAGCCACGGGAGAGACGAGAGCGGGAAAUUCGUGAGGCUGAAGAAGAUGCAAGAAGAGAACAAAGAAUUUAUGAAAGGAGAAGAGAAACCUCAGUGGCAGAAGCUGAAGCUGAAGUCAAAGUGCACCGUGAGAUCAGAGAGCGAGGGGAGGAGCUGAGAAGGAGAGAACGUCCCUGUGAUGUCUCCUGUGAGGAGGAAGAAAGAAGAAUCUGCCCCAGAAGGGAGAGGGAAGAGCCCCUGAGGGAGAGGAGAAGUGAUCGACAGCGGGAGCUGGAGGUCUCUGAGCGCCGCACUCGGGACAGGGAGGAACGAGAGGCUGUGAUCGACCUGAGAGAGCCACGGGAGAGACGAGAGCGGGAAAUUCAUGAGGCUGAAGAAGAUGGGAGGAGAGAACGAGGAAUUUAUGAAAGGAGAAGAGAAACCUCAGUGGCAGAAGCUGAAGCUGAAGUCAAAGUGUGCCGUGAGAUCCGGGAACCACGAGAGGAGCUGAGAAGAAGAGAACGACCCUGUGAGGAGGAGGAAGAAAGAAGAAUCUGCCCCAGAAGGGAGAGGGAAGAGAUCGUGAGGGAGAGGAGAAGUGAUCGACAGAGGGAUCUGGAGGUCUCUGAGCGCCGCACUCGGGACAGGGAGGAACGAGAGGCUGUGAUCGACCUGAGAGAGCCACGGGAGAGACGAGAGCGGGAAAUUCGUGAGGCUGAAGAAGAUGUGAGGAGAGAACAAAGAGGAACUCUGAGGUACGAGAGGGACAGAGAGACCUCAGUGGCAGAAGCCGAAGUCAAAGUGCGCCGUGAGAUCAGAGAGCGAGGGGAGGAGCUGAGAAGAAGAGAACGACCCUGUGAGGAGGAGGAAGAAGCAGGAGAAGAAGCAGAGAGGAGAAUUUCCCGGGUGAGAGAGAGGGAAGGAGCUGUGAGGGAGAGGAGAAUCCAUCGGCAACGGGAUCUGGAGGUCUCUGAGCGGGACAGGGAGGAACGAGAGGCUGUGAUCGACCUGAGAGAGCCACGGGAGAGACGAGAGCGGAAAAUUCGUGAGGCUGAAGAAGAUGCAAGGAGAGAACGAGGAAUUUAUGAAAGGAGAGGAGAAACCUCAGUGGCAGAAGCUGAAGUCAAAGUGCGCCGUGAGAUCAGAGAGCGAGGUGAUGAACUGAGAAGAAGAGAACGUCCCUGUGAGGAGGAGGAAGAAGCAGGAGAAGAAGCAGAGAGGAGAAUUUCCCGGGUGAGAGAGAGGGAAGGAGCUGUGAGGGAGAGGAGAAUCCAUCGGGAACGGGAUCUGGAGAUCUCAGAGCGCCGCACUCGGGACAGGGAGGGAGAAGAAGCCACAAUCAGCCGGAGAGAGCCACGGGAGAGACGAGAACGGGAAAUUCGUGAGGCUGAAGAAGAUGGGAGGAGAGAACAAAGAGGAACUCUGAGGUACGAGAGGGACAGAGAGACCUCAGUGGCAGAAGCUGAAGUCAAAGUGCGCCGUGAGAUCAGAGAGCGAGGUGAUGAACUGAGAAGAAGAGAACGACCCUGUGAGGAGGAGGAAGAAGCAGGAGAAGAAGCAGAGAGGAGAAUUUCCCGGGUGAGAGAGAGGGAAGGAGCUGUGAGGGAGAGGAGAAUCCAUCGGGAACGGGAUCUGGAGGUCUCUGAGCGCCGCACUCGGGACAGGGAGGCAGAAGAGCCCAGCAGGGAGAGGAGAGACGCUGGCCAGGAGAUCCGGCUGGAGGUCCUGGAGGAAGAAGAGGAGGAGGAGGAGCUGGAGCGGGGAUCGUGGCGGUACCAGAGCCUGGAUGUGGACAGCGGCAAUCUCUGCCCCCCGGGUCAGGAGGCGCCCGUCAGUGACCUCAGGGUCCGGUACCGCCCCGCUGAGCCCGAGCUCCGGCCCGAGGUCCGGCUGCUCCCCGGGGCCCCGGAGCCUUCGAGCAUCGCGUACCUGGUUCAUGUGAUCCAGAACCGGGCUGAGCCCAAAGCCGCCACCUACGAGAUCGUGUGCCACCAGCGCGGCCAGCCCUGCUCCGUGUCCCCGAGCCACCGCCCCGAGCCGCAGCCCAGGGCCACCAAAUCCCUGGAAAAACCCCAGGAUGUGGAUGAGCCCCGGGAAAGAGCCGGGAGGGAGGUGAAGGAUGGAGCCCGGGAGGAGGCGGUGAAGUCGCAGGAGCUCCGGAGGCGCCCCGAGGUCGCCGAGGAGCAGCCCCGGGGUGAGGGGUCCCAGAAGGUCCCGAGGGAGCCCCGGAGGGACCGAGGGGACAGCGAGGCCAGGAGCUGCCCCCCGGCUCCCGAGGCUCGGGAAUGUCGCGAUCCGGAGCGCAGAGAUCCCGGGGAGAGCCGCGGAGAGGGAAUCCAGGAGGAUGAGGAGGCUCCCGAGGAGGAAUCCAGCAAGAGGAGCGGCCGGGAAUCCGGCAAUUCCCAGCUUUCUCGGGAAGGUGGCACCAAGCAGGGCCAGGAGCCCUCGCAGGAGGCUCCGAGCCGCCCCAGGGAUGAAUCCAAGACAUCCUGAGGGGAAUCCGCAUCUCCCUGGAGCCUCCAGGUCCUUCUGAGCGGCACCUCUGAAGGAUCCCGGGGUGUCCAGCGGGGUUUGGGGGCUUUUCCCUGGGAUAAAUCCCCAGCGGGAAGCGAGAUCCCUCCGGAUCCGGAGUUUCCGCCUCCCUGCCGGGUGUUUCCCUCGAUAUUUAAUCACUUUUUCUGCUCUAAUUGGAGUCCUUUGUCCCUUUUGUGCACCCUGGGGUGUCGCUCCAGCUCCUCCCAGCCCCGGGGCUGCGGCUCCUCUCGGCUUCUGCCGCGAAACUCCAAAGAAUUCCCGAUUUGGGGGCCUGGAAAUCCUGGAGGCUGGGAAAAACCUUUCCAGCCUCGAUUCCAGCGGAAUUCCAGCGGGAUUCCAGCUCCAGGCUCGGGGAUUUGGGGCGGCCGCAGGGUGCUGGUGGUGGGUGGGGGAUUCUCCUUCUCCUCCUUUUCCUUUUCCUUCCUUUUUGUCGCAUGGAAAAUGGGAAUA